UAGGCAGCGGCGCCCAAAGAACCGGACCUGUCAGGACCUCUCCAGACCAGGACUCAACUCCGGUAGCGAAGUGCCAGUGCUGCUUUAGGCGAGGGAAGGGCUUCUGCAGUAAUACAGAGCGCAGGUGAGAAAAUGUAGCUGGGUGGUCUUAGCACAGGGUACCAACGCUCGAGGCGUGAGGCGUUGCAGCUAUUCGGCAGGCGUCCAUAUAUUAGGGCUCGACAUACCCGGCUAAUUUUUCCGGGGUGCUAAUAAAAUAACUUAUCCAUCGCGACAGAUUACUUGAUAUAUAGAGAAGAGAUGCGUUACUUUCCAUGCCCGUAUGAAUCUUGCAACAAGGAAUUCGUCCGAAAGGCUGAUCUGGCUCGACACUACCAGAUCCAUUUAGACGACAGGCCGUUCGUUUGCACCGAGGAGGGAUGCACGAAGCGGUUCCACCAGCGCUCAUCACUCAAGAUCCACCAGAGGGUCCACACCGGCGAGAAGCCCUAUAUCUGCGAUAUUGGCAAUUGCAAGAAAGCUUUUAGUGAUCCUUCGAGUUUCGCCCGACAUCAAAAGUCCCACAAGAACGAAAGGCCCUAUGUUUGCCCCGUCCCGUCUUGCCUUCAGAGUUUCUCUCGAAAGAUCGCAUUGGAGCGGCACCAGUUGCGACAACAUGGCCAAGAAACUAGAGUCCCCCGCAACCCCGAGCCCGGUCCACCAGUCUCCCCAGCGACUUGGCCGACGAGUAUUCCACCAGCUUUCUCAUUCCCACCAGCAUCUCAUCCAGAGGUUAGACGUCAUCAGAACUCUUUAGAUUGGUGUGCUUUGGACCUGAGUGUCGUGGACGACAUUGUGCUUCGGACGAUAAUGGAUAAUACAGUUCCCCAUCCGCCGUAUAUCGACCCGGGGCAGCAGCAUCAGUAUCCUGAUUUACCACCACAAUAACGACUGUGGGCUACUAAUGGACGGAUUAAUAAUUUAAUUAUAACUAAUUUUGGCCUGGGGUUUUCAUGAUUUGCAUUUUUGGUUUAGACUUCCCAACGCCGAGUUCCAAUGAAAUAGUAUGAUCGCUCUACCACUGCGUGCUCCUAUUUAUGCGAAAGAGCAGAUUCCGAUUCAGUCUUAAAUCAAGACUCAGCGAGUUCACUAUUGGAACAUCGUCCUAAGGCUGUCGAAGUGGAAAGCGAGGAAAUGGAUCAUGUGAUGUCUUGAGACCUAACAAGGCUGGACGAGCCUCAUCA